AGUUUCACAUCGGACGGCAAUAAGCUUUUGUUACUUUGUGACAAAUGGAGGGUCCUUAGCUGUCCUGCUCCCUUUGUGCUUCCCCUGCGAACUCUUUCUUCUACUCCGCGCAGAAACCAAAAGCUCUCUCAAGUGAUCUUCUUCUUCAGCUACUGGAUCAGCAAUCAAAAGCAGGUCUGCGAGAGACUGUUAGUUUGUAAUUCUGAUGUCUCCACCACUUGGUGUUGGGGAGGAGGGUCAGAGCAAUGUAACUUUUCUGGCCUCUUCGACCUCUGGGGAAAGUGUAUGCCAGAAGGGCUUAGAGCUAAAAGAGCGUAACUACAUGGGUUUAUCUGAUUCUUCUUCUACAGACAGCUCUGUGGUCUCUAUUGCAUCUGAUGAAACCAAAACUAGUUUGAAUCUAAAGGCCACAGAGUUAAGGCUGGGGCUUCCUGGAUCCCAAUCCCCUGAGAGAGAACGACAGAUCUCCUUGUUAAGCUCUGCACGACUCGAUGAGAAGACUCUUUUCCCUUUGCAUCCCUUAAAUGAUGGUCACUGCUCUUUACUUCAGAAAAAUGUUGUGUCUGGCAACAAAAGGGGAUUCUCAGAUGUCAUGAAUGGACCCUCAGAGAGCAAAUUUAUUUCAAAUUCAGAUGUAAACAUGAUGCUGUCACCUAGGCAUUCUGCAAACUUGGAUCUUAAAGCAGGUUCUACCCUCGAGAACCUUGGUGGCCCACCGGCUAAAGUGAAAGAAAUUGCAGCCCAGAAGGUGAUACAAGAAAGGUCUCAUGCUGUUAAUGAGACCCGUCCAGAUCCUAGCAACUCUGCAAACAACAACAGCAGUGCACCUGCACCCAAGGCGCAGGUUGUGGGUUGGCCUCCCAUAAGAUCAUUCAGGAAGAAUUCAUUGGCAACAACUUCAAAGAACAACGACGAGGUAGAUGGAAAAGCUGGGCCUGGCGCUCUAUUUGUCAAGGUUAGCUUGGAUGGUGCUCCUUAUUUGAGGAAAGUUGACUUGAGAAAUUACUCUGCAUAUAAGGAACUGUCUUCUGCCCUUGAGAAAAUGUUUAGCUGUUUUACGAUAGGUCAGUAUGGAUCUCAUGGAGCUCUGGGCAGGGAGAUGCUUAGUGAGAGCAAGCUGAAGGAUCUCUUACAUGGUUCAGAAUAUGUUCUCACUUAUGAGGACAAAGACGGCGACUGGAUGCUUGUUGGUGAUGUGCCUUGGGAGAUGUUUACUGAUACAUGCAAGAGGCUGAGGAUCAUGAAGAGCUCCGAUGCGAUUGGCCUAGCUCCCAGGGCCAUGGAGAAAUGCAGGAACAGGAACUAGUUAGCACUUAACACAAUGAUUGCUAUCCAUCCUGUGCCUUUGGGUUUCAAAUUCUGAGGUGGAGAAGACGAGAUUGAAGUUGGAGGGUGAGGAAUGAUAGGUUACUGGAUUGGGUAGGAAAUCAUGGAUAUCUGCUAUAUGUUAUGUUUUCAAUGUUUAUGAUUUUGUUUUGAUGAAUCUGUUCCCUGGUCACUUAAGUUAUGAAACUCAUAAGAGCUAGGUAUUUGGAGUCAAAAGUUUGAUCUAUUUUUAAGUGUGGAUCUGUUGCACUCACAACUGUUUGAUCCAAGUUCACGAAGGAGUCUUAGUUUGUAUUGUAAAUUGAAUUGUUCAUUAACUAAUCCGCUGUGUGAUUCUAUUGUGAAGGCCUUUUGUCCA